CGUAAGUUUAGAUCGAAAAAACAAAAAACUCAUAUUCAGGAAGUUCAUCCAUUUUGUUACAUUGACUUUCCGUCAAAGUAACUUGUUGUGGAACAGUGAACAGCUUCACUGAACACAAUAUUGUAUUUAGGAGGAAUACGAUGGAUGCAUUUCAUACAUAAAAACAGCCAUUCGAUUAAUUAAUAAGACACUCAAUAAUUCAAAUAUGUCCGAGAGGUUUCAAUAUAUUAACCUGGCAUAAAAUGACCUGACGCUGCAGAUGUAUUUGACCACGUAGAUGUACACAGGACUGUAGGAAUAUGAUAUUGCAUACAGUCUGAUUGACUACAAGAUACUUUUUUCUAAUACCUUUCAACCAGCGGAUAAAAAAGCAAAGAGGCUGAAAUGCGUACUCUAUCUAGUAACUAUUGAACGAUAAAUCGCCACUCUGAAGAAAUAUACGAUAGUCAAUUACUCAAGUCUUUCGACCAGCCGACUGAUGAAAAAUCAAAGAAACUAAAUUUGAGGAAUUGAACCCUUAUUGAGGCGCACAGAAUAAAAUAUUGCCUUGGCGUUUAACUAAAUGGAUUGUAAAGUAAUGCUAUGGGACAUGCCUUUAUGGAGCAAUCACGCAUACAUAUUAUUUUCAUGGAGUCGGAGGCUUAUAAGAUAGUGUGAGCCAGAUCGGACAAAAAUUGUAAAUUAUGAUUAAAUGGUUUGAAGGAUGACACACUGUCCCAACGGUGUGUUCUACUGUUCCGUAGGAUUGGGAUUCUAAAAUAAAUCGCUUGGAUUAACUGAUAUACUAAAUACAGCAUCCGUAUUUCUUACCUAAUGCUCAUGAUGCUUCGUUGCAAAUGUCACCCCGCUUCAUCUAAAGCGCAAAUAUUGAUCGCCGCCAUUUUCAUAAUGUCUGUAUUUACGUUCUGGACAUCACUAUUACCGUAUGAAGCAGCAUCAUGCGAUCUUAACAACCCUCGAGUCGUUCACGUAAAAGCCGGGUGCUUGUGUAAUAACGAAAAACGGGGACAACCCCCUACAGUAAAAGAACCACCUUAUCAGUUCAUGGAAGAUACUCGCAGGCUCCAAGACACUUUAACUGAUACAUUAGAAUUUACCAAGAGACUUGAAGCAGAAUUAAAUAAGAUAAAAAGCUCACUUGGGACGUUCAUAAAGAGAAGUCGUAGCGGUGAAGUUAUAAUGGGAAUACAGAAUUCGAUGGGCAAAUUACAAGGGCUCCAGGAUUUAAUGAAAGAAAAAUAUCAGAUAAUACAACAAUCAAAUUCAUACAAACACAGACUAGGUGGAAAAGAAUUGGUGCCAUCUGAAAAAGAGUUGGUACAGCCUGAAAAAGAAUUGGUACCGACAGAAAAAGAGUUGGUACAACCUGGAAAAAGGUACCUUGUGUGUCCAGAAAUGUUUAAUGGAACGACAUUCGGGUAUCCAUUUUUCUAUGAAGGUUUUGUAGACCUGCCUUGUUACCACCCACCACUUUCAAGCUUGAUCACUAUCCUAAUAAACAUGGCAGAUUACUCCCAUCAAAAUCAUAAAUCAAUAUCUGCAAUUUUCAGAGGAGUAUCAAAACAUUUCAAUGAAGUCCAAUUGAUAAUUGGUCACCGUGCUGGACAAAAUAUAAAAAAUGUCAAAAUACAUCAUGGAGUCAAUGUUAGUUUUUCAGAAUUUUCUACAGAGGCAAAUCCUGGCUUUAUUUGGAAUGAGCUCAUUGGCCAAGUGAAGACACAAUUUGUUUUGAUUGGUCGUGAUUUGCAAAUGCUUACAUGGGACAUACGCCUUGAUAGGCUGAUUCGAGAGUCGGAACUUAUGGACACGCCUAUUGUGGGAGGAGCUAUAAGGACAAACGAUGGCCAUUGGUCAAUAGGAUGUCAGCAAUUUCGUUUUAGAAAUUACACAUUGGUUUAUAAAAGCGGAUAUGAUCUCUCAAAUCACGAAUGUGUCUUUUGCGAUCACCUACAGGGGCCAUUCUUAGCCAAAACCAGAUUCAUGACGUUAUAUCCGUUUAGUACAAGUUUGCCAAGAGAGGUUUUAUUUGAGUCAUUUUUUCUAAAUGUCAAUCAACAUUUAAAAAAACAAUUCCCUUUGUGUCCAGACAGUAUGUUUCACGUUGAAACCACGCCUAUUCCUGAGAGAGAUAUUUGGAUCCCUUUUGCCAAACGUUGGAAUGUAUAUCGUUUGCGUUUGUCAUCCGGCCAACUGUAUGAGUUUGAUUGCAAGGAGAGUAAAACUGGAUUUGACAGAGGAGAUGGUAUGGCCCAAUCUCCAUGCAGACUACAAGAGCUAGCUGAUCUCAUUAAAGCAGUUAUGAGUUUGUGUGAAAAAAAUAACAUUUUAUGCGAACUUCAGGAAGGCACUGCCUUAGGCGCCGUGAAGUUCAACAAAGUCUUACCAUGGGAAUUAGACGCUGAUGUCACAUUCCAUUCCUCAAACUUUUCGAAAUUUGAAGCUCUUGCGAGUUCAUUUCAGAAACUCGGGUAUGGCUUGUCAGUUAUUAAGAAACCUUGGUGUUGUGUCGACGGUGUCAUAGCCGGAGGAAUAUUUAACGUUUACUCACAAAACUGGAAUGUUGAAAUGUACGGUCAACAUUUAAUGGAUUCCGAAAAAAUGAUCCUUAAAGGGUUAUCCCCAACACAAGUGCACUUUGAUGGUCAAUGGGUUAAUGUACCAACAAACCCCGGAUUAUUUGUAAGGAACCGUUAUGGAAAGGAGGUGUACCAACAUGCCCAACAUUGGAUGACCUUAGGGCACUCAACAGGAUGGACCCCAUAUAUACCUUCCAAGUUUAAAACCUGCUCAAAACCAGGAGACAUGGCCUGCUUAGAUCAGUUCUUAGCAGACGGCAAUCUACAAUUUGAGGAACCACUCAUUUAGAGUCGUUCUUGGUGACUCCCUAUCCUGUACAGUCCCCUCUAUAAGUUUCAUUUGUAAUUUAGUCCCUCGGGUAGGGAUUAAUACAGAUGAAAUUUUAAACAUGUUUCUAUAUUUUUGAGGGGAGGGUACACAGGUACAUAAAGCAUCACUCACUGCCAUGACCAAUUUUAAUUGUAUAUGACGUGCAAGGACCUGGGGACAAUUCGGGAAAUGCGGGCUGAUCUCAGCAUUGAGCGUUAAUCUCUACCUCAUUUAAAAAGCUAACUAUGUGUUUUAUAUACCUUUUUGAAGUAUUUUUUAUUUGCAUUUCAGUGAAAUUAUUUUUCCUUCAAAAUUUUGAUGGGAUCCUACAUAUUUUUAAAGUUAAAUAUACCCCGACAUCGUCAAAUACGCUGUAAGACGUAACACUAUGCGCUUACGGGGCUCGUUGAAAUUGGGAUAACUUUUGAAAUAAUGAUCAAAAUCGCACUAAAAUUUCACAUUUUAUUCAAUCGAACAUGUGCAUUUAUGACGUCACAAUUGCUUGACGGCUACAGUUCAAAUUAUCUUAAAACGAACGCUUUUAAAAAUCUAAAAAUUGUGUAAGGUUUUGAAGGCGAAUGGGACGAGCAAUAAGUUUACCUUCAUUUAACCUUCUAAUUUAGGUCUGAUUUGAAAGAAAAAUUAACUGCACAAUAUUGUCAUGGCGAAAUUAACAAAACAAUAACCAGUUU